AUGUUGGCCAAUAAACUCUGUCCUUUGAGACCUAUUCGGCUUCUAUCGACGAGUUGUGUGCUCAAGAGGAAGGCGGGACGAAAGUCGGGAGGAAGAAGACCCAUCUCCGACUUUGGAUUGGUAAGGAUGCUGCAAUGUUUGAGGGAAAACAGAGUCAGUGGGUUGGAAUGAAGUUACUGUAGUCUCAAGGGCCUAACGGUCUAUAAAACAAUUUUUGAGAAGUCACUAGAAGCCUACGAAAUUACUUUACUACAUAAUAAAAAGAUUGGAAUCAAACCCUUCAUAUGCACCGAUUAUACACAAAAAUUACAGGCCGGUCUGACCAAGUUGACCAUCCCCAAGCAGGACAUUCAUCAUGCUCGUCCCAUGGAGCCGAUCAAUUAUGAGAAAUAUGAGAGAAAGGAUGUCCCCUACCCCAAACAGAUCACCGCCUAUCUGGACAAACAUGUCAUUGGACAGGAAAUGGCCAAGAAAACGCUGGCUGUGGGCAUCUAUCAACAUUACAAGAGACUCGAGCACAAUGAUGAAAUCAGAUUGGAAAGAGAGGUAUACGAUAGUGUUACAGUAAACCUCCAAAAAUUAUAGUUGUCACAACUUGGCGGACUCAGCAAGAAGGGAAUCAUCAUUGGAAGUAAGAACACAUCCAAGGACGCGGACACUUUGAAUGACAUGCUGGAUGAGUCGGUAAUAUUUGAUUAUAUUGUACUUGAUUAGCCAAAAUUUUGUCCUUGCAGAAGAACCCUCAAUUCCUCGACAAGUCCAACAUUGUGCUUGUCGGUCCCUCUGGUGUUGGCAAAACCUAUAUUACCCAACGUUUGGCCGCCAUCUUGGAUGUCCCCUUCGCUUAUUGUGAUUGCACGGUGCUCACUCAGGCUGGAUAUGUGGGGGAUGACGCUGACACGGUCAUCCAGAAGCUACUUCAGAACGCGGAUGGCGAUGUGGAAAGGGCCAUGGCAAGUUCCUUAUAUCCGAUAUCCUUAUAGCGUUCGUUUUUUGUCAUGGUUAAUAUAAUUUUUUCCAUCCUCCACCUUAUUUGGGCUAAUUCCAGCGGGGAAUUGUAUUUCUCGACGAGUUUGACAAGAUUUCCUCAUCGGUGGACCCAAUCCAUUCGGCCAAUGGGUUCCGCGACGUCUCUGGAAGGGGAGUUCAGCAGGCCCUGUUGAAGAUUGUGGAAGGAUCCGUGGUCAGAGUCAAGAAUCCGUACACUCAGGGGGCCAAGAUCGAAAUUGACACAUCCGACAUUUUGUUUGUGGCCUCAGGCGCCUUCAACCAGCUGGAUCGGAUGGUGGGAAAACGGAUGAAUAAAAGAUCGGUGGGAUUUGGAGCGGACGUCACAAAUCAUGAUGAGGAUCUGUUGGGGGAUGAUGAAGUGGCCGUGGCCAGGAAACGGGACGAACUCCUCAUGAAGGUGGAGCCAUCGGACCUUGUGACGUGAGAGAAUUGAGUCGAUUGUAAAUCAUAUUGAUUCAGAUUCGGAAUGAUCCCCGAAUUGGUCGGCCGUUUCCCAGUGGUGGUCCCCUUCCAAAGUCUGGACCAGCAGCAGUUGGUUCGUGUCCUCAAAGAACCCCCCAACUCUCUGAUCAACCAGGUCACCCGUCAAUUCCACAUGGAUAACAUCAAGCUCAAAUUUACGGACGGCGCUCUCUCAGCGAUCGCUCAAGAGGCUGUUCAGCGGAAAACGGGCGCCCGUGCCCUCAGGGCAAUUAUCGAGCGAGUGUUGUUGGACGCGAAAUACGAAGGACCGGGCUCGGAAGUCACCGAAGUUAUCAUCACAGAAGAGGGCAUCAAGAACGGAGGUUUCUGUGGGGUCACCAAAAAAGCAGAUAAGAACACUUGA